CUGGCCGACCAUCAGCAACGCGAUGCCUCUCCUAUGGACACUAAGACCACGUCCACCCCUGCCACCCUCAUCCCCGUUGGGCAAGGCUCGAAAUUAUCACUUGAUGGUGCUUUGUGAACACUCUCGCCAUUUAUGGCGGCGCCAUUGCGCAUGUGAAGAUGUACCAGGAGAUGCGCGAUCAUUAGAUGGCCGAUCGUCAUUUCCAAAGGCAAAUAUUCCCCUUCAGAGUCAGAAUAGGCAAAUAACAUUUGCAACACGUCCUCACGGUACAACUUUUUAUUAGCCAUUUGGCGAUUUUCUCUCACAAAUCUCACAAUUUACUCAGACGCUAAGAACUGAACUGCUUCCGCAUCAAUGACACGAUAGCUCACUUGCUCUGCUAUUUCCUCGAACAAUUUUGGUCUAGAAUUGAAGUACUACAUGUCUGCCAUCUAGUGGUAGGGAAUACAAAUGAGAUACUACACCAUAUUAGGAACUACAAUCUGUUUAAUGAAGUAUGACGUCUUGUCGCAAUUUUGCGACUUUGGCGCUUAGAGGGUUAACCAACUAACAUUAUACAUACUCUUUUGGUUUCUGUACCCAAUAUUUAAAAAAUGUACAAGUGCAAUGAAAAUAUCGAUAUCGGUACUCAGUAUUGACAAGUACCAAAAAUAAAAUUAUCGGUAUCGGGCGAGUACUGGAAAAAGUGGUAUCGGUGCAUCCCUACCUUUCGAAGCAGCGGUGCUUCCUUCAGCUCCCUGCGAGGUGGUGGCACCCAACAAUACACUUACAGCCUGUCAUGUAGCGGUCAGAGGAGCCGUGGCUGAGCUCUCCCUGUUUCCUGAUGGUACUGCUGUAGAACCUCCAGAGGUGGCAGCAUCUGCUGCAGAACCUCCAGAGGUGUCAGUGGUAUCAGCCUAUGAAUCCUUGUCCUGUCCUUUCACGGCUAAGGAGGCCGACACUGAACUUUUGCCCUGUCAUGUCACGGCUAAGGAGGCCGUCACUGAACUUUUGCCCUGUUAUGUUAUGGCUAUGGAGGCUGACACUGAACUUUUGCCCUGUUCUUUCACGGCUAAGGAGGCCGUCAUUGAACUUUUGUCCUGUCCUUUCACGGCUAAGGAGGCCGUCACUGAACUUUUGCCCUGUCAUGUCACGGCUAUGGAGGCCGUCUGUGAAUUCUCUGCCUGUCCUGUCACAGCCAGAAGGGCUAUCUCUGAACUCUUGCCCCGUUCUGAACCAGCCAUGGUGGCUGAUUGUGAACUGCCUUCCUACUCAGUUGCCACCGGGGAAAACGUUGAUAGACUUCCCAUGUUCCCUACCUUAGUCCUUGUGUCUGUGCAUGUUCUUUCUCCUCCUUGUGUCUCAGUUUUCCCUAGGUCCCAGUCUGUGUUGUGGGUUCUUGAUCCGUCGUGGUGGUCUUCAGGUCCAUCUGCUCCACUCUGGUGGUCUUCUGCUCCACCUGUUCCAUCUGCUCCGCCGUGGUGGUCUGCUAUCUGGCUCUGGCUGUGUUCUGCUCCGCCCUGGUGGGCUCCUGUUCUGUUGUCACUGCACUGUUAUCACUGCACUACAGAGCCCCUAGAGCAGUGUGUGACCGGUCUGCCCAAGCAUGAGAGCACGACACCGACCCACAGCACCGGGGGACGCACAAGGAGUGAUUACUCACACAGCACGGACCACCAUACGGAACACCAGCACAUUUGCACUAAAUAAAAUCCACCCUCCGGGGUUUUCUUGAUUUCUGAGUCCUCUUGUCGUGUGUGAUUCUUCAUUUCUCUCUCGCUCCGUUUUUCACGAACACAAUACCACCCAACGCAUACGAGACCGUUUCCACUGGCCCGGCCUGGAGGCCGAUGUGAAACGCUUCUGCCAGGCGUGCCCGACCUGUCAACGGACCUCGCCAAAAACACCUCCCCCCAGCCCGCUGAUUCCUCUACCCAUCAUCGAGGUGCCCUUCGAGCGCAUCGGAAUGGACCUGAUAGGGCCGCUGCCAAAGUCCGCCCGAGGCCACGAACACAUCCUGGUGAUAGUCGACUAAGCCACCCGGUACCCGGAAGCGAUCCCUCUCCGUAAGGCCACCUCCAAGGCCGUCGCCCAGGAGUUGUUCCUCCUGUCUAGCCGAGUCGGCAUCCCAGCGGAGAUACUGACUGACCAGGGCACGCCGUUCAUGUCCCGGCUAAUGGCUGACCUCUGUCACCUCCUGAAGGUAAAGCAGCUCCGAACCACCGUCUACCAUCCCCAAACUGAUGGAUUGGUCGAACGAUUCAACCAGACCCUCAAACAGAUGCUCCGCCGCGUGGCUGCCGACGGGAAGACCAACUAUACCACAUUAAUCUCCUAAAACAGUGGGUCGGGACUAGAGCUCAGCUGUCGGCCCUUGCCACCACAGGUCUCGUGGUUGUCGACAUCAACUCCCACCUCUCGGCUGCCCAGAAGACGGAGCUACAACAUCUCGUCAGUCAGUUCUCCGAUGUGUUCUCCCACCUUCCCGGGCGGACCAACGUCCUCCAACAUGACAUCCGCGUACCAGCAGGCACCAUCAUUAGGCAGUGGCCCUACCGUGUUCCGGAGGCUCGGCGACACGCCAUCGAGGAAGAAGUGCAGGAGAUGCUGAAGUUAGGGGUAAUUGAACCAUCUCAAAGCCCAUGGUCCAGCCCUAUCGUCAUGGUCCCGAAGCCGGACGGCACCCUCCGCUUCUGUAAUGACUUCCGGCGGGUAAACGAAGUCUCCGAAUUCGACAGUUACCCCAUGCCGCGGGUGGACGAACUGAUAGACAGAUUGGGGAGAGCCCGGUUCAUUUCCACGCUGGACCUCACCAAGGGAUAUUGGCAGGUGCCGCUGACGGAGAAUGCCAAGCCGAAGACUGCCAAGCCGAAGACUGCCUUCUCAACCCCUAGCGGCUGGGCAGCUUUCGCCGGUCUGUCAGGGUUCACCUCCCACCCACCCCCAGUUUCCCCGUUGUGUAGGAGGACCAGGACAACGCUUGGGGGGGGGGGGAGUGUGACACGUGUCCCGAGCCUUCAUCAGCGUCGCCCUGGAAACAAACGAGGGACACCUGCACCCCUCGUUACCGGCAGACCGGCCACACCUGAGUGUCAUCAGACACGACCUUUAAAAACAGCUGUAACACGCACUAUGGGGAGAGAUCUCAGGAAGCCGCCAUGACUAAUGCUGUUCUGUCUCCUUUCCUCCCAGAGAGAAGUGUGUGACCGGUCUGCCCAAGCACGAGAGCACGACACCGAUCCACAGCACUGGGGGACACACAAGGAGUGAUUACUCACACAGCACGGAGCACCAUACGGAACACCAGCACAUUUGCACUAAAUAAAAUUCACCCUCCGGGGUUUUCUUGAUUUCUGAGUCCUCUUGUCGUGUGUGAUUCUUCACCCCCGCCACAAUAGGUUAAAAUCAAGUUGAGACAAACGUUAAUUUGUUGUCAUCAGAGGCGUAGUUUGUGUGUGUGUGUGUGUGCAGAAUCAAAAAUCAGUUUAUAAAUUUAGUCCCAAAGGUCAAUUAAUUGACGUUAAUCUCAGUCUUUAGGCUCCAAUCCAGAUCAGGACGAAAUGAACAAUGCAAUUUCACUCAUACUCAUGAGCAAGUUCAGUUUGUCUGUCCAACCAGGAAAGAUUCAUGCAGGAGUUUCAAAGGAUUCGUUUAACGGUGGCUCGCCAGUCCAACUCCACCAUCGCAGGUAUAGGAAGAGUUGAAACGGUUCAGGAAUAAUUCACACAUCAGUCGAUUCAUCUGGGACAAAUACAGCAAAGGAACUCACAUGGAACAAGAUCAAAAAACAAAAAAAACCUGGCCUUGAGGACACAAGGCCACCAAAAUAACAACAAUAAGUAUUUGAUCAAUAAGCAUAACUCCAACUAAAACACAUCAAUUAACAUUCAUUUACAUACUCUGUGUGAUAAACUUUCUAUGUAUUAUUUCUCUUUAACAAUAAAGAGAUUCUUCCUAAAUGUUGUGUACUCUCUUGUAUAUCUUUUUGUUUGCCAUACAAUUGCACAUUUAUACUUCUUUCUCAUAAACAACAGCAUUUUUUGUUCACAUUUCACACAUUAAGGCAUAUUUGUCAUUAAUAUUGCACCAUUUGAUAAAACAAUUAAUUUGGUCAGUAUUGAAAUAACAAUCAAUAAAGAAAAAAAAACAUUAACUCACCAAGGAACUCAUAUACAUGUACAUCAAAUGAACCAGGACAUUUGCAGAUGAAACCCGCUUCAGACGUCACUCUCAAUUGCAUUCAGCUUCUCUGACCCUUUGGUUAGAGAUACAUGCACGACAUGUUAUAUUAGCUUCAUGCUAACGCUUAGAUUGCGUCAUUAACAUCGGAAUAACACACAAUGUGAACUAUCAUAUCACCUCUGCUUGUUUUAGUUGCUAAUAUUUUUUCAAAUCAUCAUCAUCAUCGUCAUAUAAACAAUUUAAAGACACUUUAAACAACUCUUGUUUAAAGUACAAGAAAGAUCUCGAACUCUCUGCUCUCUAAAAGUGCCGCGAUGGCGGACGUCAAGUGAUGCCAUUCAACUGCGAUCUCAUUGGUCACAUUUAUAAACUUUGAUAUUUUAUAUUUUUUACAUAUUUUUACAUUAUUAAUUCAUUUGUUCAGAGUCAUAUUUAUGGUUUCAGUGUUGUUAAUACAUUUAAUCUGUUAUUUAAUUUGAUAUUAUCUCUGUGUCUGCUUCUAUCUACUAGUAAUCUGGGUUACAUGUGGCAAACAGUGCAAACAACAAUAGCAGGAGAAGAAGCCAUUACUCACCGUGAUUGAUGAAUGAUUCACUUACCACUGUUGUUUGAUGAACUCGUGAAAAACGGAGCGAGAGAGAAAUGAAACGGAGCGAAAAAAAGAAAAACAUAAUAGGCAUGAACAGAAAUGCAAAUGAAACCGCGAAUGACAAGCUAACUGGUCAACGAAUGCUACGCACGGUUUUAAAAAGUGAACGAGUUGGUUAGAUUAGUUUGAUUGAUAAUACCAGAAAUAUGGUGGGAAUUAAGUUAUAUAUUAUCACUAAACAACAGAGAGUGAAAGUAAGAUAGAGAUUCAACAGAAAAGCGGAGCUACAAUCGCAAACCUCUCAGCAGCAUGACAGACAGGAACAGACAGAAGCUAUUUUUGUUGACACAAAAAGUCAACAAAAACUUUUGCCAAAUGCAUGACAGAAAUGUUUUUAUUAAACUAUGUUCUUAGGGUAUCCGUGGGUCAAAAUGAGGUUGAAUUACUCUGCCAUUUUUGUUCGUACAGAUAAGAGCAAUACACCAUUCGAAUCUGUAAGGGGUCUACUUUUAUUUGUAUACACUCAUAAUAAAAACUAAACUUUGUGCUUCUGAAGAAUAAAGAAAACAAACAGGGUGCGCUCUCUGUCUUCUCCGUCUCCGCGAACUGUUUUUAGAAACGCGUCACUAAAAUGAACUGUAACUCAGCAAAUACUUCACACAGAGACAUGAGAGUUAUAUCUAUAGAAAGCUUGAAGUGUCUACUUUGAAAUGAAGCAAGUCUUAUCGAAAACAAACAUUCUGUGAUGAAGUAAUCCGUAUGAAACCAACACGAUGUUCAUUCUGUCCCGUCUGACUCAUUAUCUCUAAUGUGAUCCCGCCCUCGCGCAGCUCGCACUGUUCAUAUGUAAAUAGCCACGUGGUGCGUGCGCGCGUGCAAACGCCCAACACAAACAAAGAGUGAGGAGAUGCAUCGCGGCUACUGUUCGUUUCUGGAAGACACGCCGAGUAAAAGCAGGAUUUCCCUCGAAAGAAGAACACGAUUUCAUCCAGCAGAGGAGAUGAGUAAGUAAUGUUUCUUUUUUACAUUAGUUACCGUUUUAUUGUGACAUAAACUUGAACAGAUUUACUAACAGUUAGCUGGGUUUUCCCCCAAACGACAACAUGAUGAAUGCUACGCGUCUAAGAAUGUUUAGACCAUGUUUAUUAUUAAUACUGUUCACAAAUAGAUUUUAAUAGCGUGCUAAACAAUAAUAAUUAGUUUCUCAGAUAUAAAAUAUAAUUUUUUAUAGUACAAAGUACAUCCUUUUAUUGUACAAAGCAUGUUUGAGUCUGUGGCUACAGAAUCAUAUCAUAGGCUACUAUAAAAUCAUAUAUCCUAGACUAUAUGACUACAAAAUCAUAGUUGGGUUUUCCCAAACUAUAAUCCCUGACUACAAUGUUUGAAAUCGUGUAAAACAUUUUGAAUAUGAUUGAGGGGCAAUUCACUGUAUUUAAAUUUCUUACGGCGCUAUGAUGUUUUCAUGCUCUAUAUAAAACAAAAGUAAUAUGAGUGUACACUGUAACAUGAUGAAUGCUACGAGUCUAAGUAUGUUUAGUACAUGUUUACUAUUAAUAGCCUACUCUGUUCAUAAAUAGAUUUUAAUAACGUGCUAAACAAUAAUAAUUAGUUUCUCAGAUAUAAGAUUUUUUUUCUCUUUUUUAUGAUAGUGAUAUAUAUGAUAUUUAUGAUAUAUAUACAGAUGUUCCUGAUAUUAACAUGCUCACAAAUGUUUUUUUUGUUUGUAUUUUGAAUCAGAUACCAGCACCAGAUGUAUCCUGAUGUCUCUUCAAACUGUUUUCCUCUGAGAGCGCUGUACCAACAUCAGAUGUUCAACUACACUGAUAUUCUAUGUUAAAACAAGCUCCUUCUCUACUGAUUGUUUUUUUCUUCUUGAAUCCAUGGAAAGAAGUAGAAACACUUAAAUAACACACGUAAAUAUCAGGUAUGAUUUACUUGUUUCACUUGUUGAACAGAAUCUGUUGCAGGAAUGACUCAAAGUCUGUUCACAUCUCUGUGGUUAGAUCAGUGUGCACAAUAAUGUGUCUUUGACCUUCAUUAUGUAUGUUUUGAUUAUACUGUGUUGUAAAUAAAAUACAAAUAAUUUAAAAAACCCUUUUUUUCAAUCUCCUCACAUUCUCUCUUACCUGCCUCACAGUCACAGUCACACUGAUGGGCCAUUAGGGGCCCAUAGGGGAGGGCCCUUUGUCUCUCAGGAUCUUGAAAGCAAAAUAAUCACAUUUCUAAAGAAAUAACUGGAACAUUUUAAGAAAAUAUUACAAAAAGAGAAAACACAAUACUUUGUGAAGGACUUUAAUGAGAAUAGAGGCAGUAUCAAAGAAGCAGAUCUUGAUCUCUUGCUCUGCUUCCUGAGAGAGAUGAAGCAAGAUGAAGCUACUGAUACUCUAGAAGAUGAGCUGUUCUUCGUUCAUCAGCUGAAAUGUAACCUAAAGAAGAAAUAUCAAUCUGUGUUUGAAGGAAUUGCAAAGCAAGGUGACUCCACACUUCUCAAGAACAUCUACACAGAUCUCUAUAUCACUCAGGUUGAUAGUGAACAGGUCAAUACUGAACAUGAGGUAAGACAGAUUGAAGUUGCUUCCAGAUGUCAUGAAUCACAAGAAAUACAGGUUGAAUGCAAAAAUUUUUUUGAAGAACCUGAACAAGACAAGAUCAGAACUGUGCUGACGAAAGGAGUUGCUGGCAUUGGAAAAUCAGUCUCUGUGCAAAAGUUUGUUCUGAAUUGGGCCGAAGGAAAAGAAAAUCAGGAUAUCAGCUUCAUAUUUCCUCUUCCAUUCAGAGAGGUGAAUUUAAAGGAGAAAGAAAAACAAAGUCUGAUGGACCUUAUAACUCAGUUUUUCCCAGAGACCAAAGGACUGAACCUUACAAGAAGGAAUAAUUUUAAAGUCCUGUUCAUUUUUGAUGGUUUGGAUGAAUGUCGUCUUCCUCUAAACUUUGCUGGUAAUGAGACGUGGUCUGAUGUAUGGUCACCAGCCUCUCUGGAUGUUCUCCUGACGAACCUCAUCAAGGGAAAUCUGCUUCCUUCUGCUCUCAUCUGGAUCACCACCAGACCAGCAGCUUCCAGUAAGAUUCCUCCUGACUGUAUCGACCGGCUGACAGAGAUACAAGGAUUCAGUGAUGCACAAAAGGAGGAGUACUUCAGAAAAAGAUUCACAGAUGAGGAUCUGGCCAGAGAAAUCAUCGAUCAUGUUAAACAAUCAAAGAGUCUCUUUAUCAUGUGCCACAUCCCAGUCUUCUGCUGGAUUUCAGCCGCUGUUCUCCAGAACAUUUUGGAGGAGAAAAGAAAUACUGAUGUGAUAAAUAAUCAGGUUGAUGAUGCCUCCAAAACACUGCAGGAGUCAAAUACUGCCACUCCUAAGACUCUGACACAAAUGUACACACACUUUCUCCAAUUUCAGAUCCAGCAGAGCAGACGAAAGUAUGAUGGAGAAUACAGACCAGAUGUUUCCUGGGAUAAAGACGCCAUCCUUUCACUGGGGAAACUGGCAUUUCAACAGCUGGAAAGAAACAAUGUUAUCUUCUAUGACUCAGACCUGAAAGCCUGUGGUGUUGACAUCUAUAAAGCAUCAGUGUAUUCAGGCAUGUGUACUCAGAUCUUUAAGGAGCAAACAGGGAUCACUGUUGAUACCAUGUACUGCUUUGUUCAUUUGAGCAUUCAAGAGUUUAUUGCAGCCCUUUAUGCACAUCUGUGUCUAGACAUCAACAAGAAAAGUGUGUUUGAUCAUGAGUCUACAGAACAGGAAAACAAAAGUGAAGCCAUGAUUGAUUUGCUCAAGACUGCAGUGGACAAGGCACUUGAGAGUAACAAUGGACACCUGGACCUUUUCCUUCGCUUCCUCCUCGGUUUGUCACUCCAGUCCAAUCAUCGACUCUUAAGAGGUCUGUUGACACAGCAAGACUGCAAUGACCAGAGCAAUGAGGAAAUAGUUCAGUACAUCAAGCAGAAAUUAGAAGCUAAUCUGUCUCCAGAGAGAUCCAUCAAUCUGUUCUACUGUCUGAAUGAACUGAACGAUCAAACUCUGGUGAAAGAGAUUCAGACCCACCUUAGCAAAGGAAGUCUCUCAUCUGCUGACCUUUCACCUGCCCAGUGGUCUGCUUUGACCUUUGUGUUGUUGACAUCAGAGGCGGAGCUGGAGGAGUUUGAGCUUCAGAAAUUCAAGAAAUCAGACGAGUGUCUUAUUAGACUAUCAGCAGUCAUCAAAACUUCCAAAAGAGCACUGCUAAAUGAUUGUGGCUUAACAGACAAAAGCUGUUCAGCUCUGGCUACAGUUCUAGAAUCAGAUACCGAUCUGAAAGAGCUGAACAUGAGCAAUAAUAAUCUGUGGGAUUCAGGAGUGAAGCUGCUCUGCACUGGAUUGAAGAAUAUAAAGUGUCAUUUGGAGAUACUGAGACUCUCAGACUGCAGUAUCACUGAAGAAGGUUAUAAAGCUCUGUCUUCAGCUCUGAGAUCAAACCCUUCACACCUGAUAGAGCUGGAUCUCACUGGAAAUGAUCCUGGACAAUCAGGAGUGAAGCAGCUCGAUGAUUUACUACAGGAUCCAAACUGUCAGCUGAAGACACUGAGGUUUUUGGGUCCUGCUGCAGAUGAAGGCUGUCAGUAUGUGAGAGGAAUUGUGGGUAAAAACCCGUUACUCCUGAGAGAGCUGGAUCUGAGUGAACGUGAACUAGGAGACACACGAGUGAAUCAGAUCGCUGCUCUACUGCAGGAUAAACACUGUACACUCAACACACUCCAUCUGUAUGGAUGCAGUAUUACAGAGAAACAGAGUCUCAUCCUGACUUCAGCUUUGAACCCAUCACACCUGAGAGAACUGAACCUGAGCAGGAAUCAAAUAACAAACACAGGAGUGAAUCACUUAUGUGACGUACUGAAGGAUUCACACUGUAAAAUGGAGAGAUUGAGGUUAAGAUGGUGCAAUAUGACAGAUGAAGGUUGUUCUGCUGUGACUUCAGCUCUGAAAUCAAACCCAUCACACCUGAGAGAACUAAACCUGAGCGAUAAUAAACUAGGAGACUCUGGAGUGAAAAACCUCAGUGAUCUACUGAUGAACACACAAUGCAAACUGCAGAAACUACAUCUGUGUGGAUGCAGUAUUACAGAGAAACAGAGUCUCAUCCUGACUUCAGCUCUGAAAUCAAACCCAUCACACCUGAGAGAACUGGACCUGAGCUGGAAUAAUCUCGGAGACUCUGGAGUGAAAAACCUCAGUGAUCUACUGAUUAACACACAAUGCAAGCUGGAGAAACUAGAUCUUUGUGAUUGCAGAAUUACAGAGAAACAGAGUCUCAUCCUGAGUUCAGCUCUGAACCCAUCACACCUGAGAGAACUGAACUUGAGCUGGAAUCAAAUAACAAACACAGGAGUGAAUCACUUAUGUGACGUACUGAAGGAUUCAGACUGUAAACUGGAGAGAUUGAGGUUAAGAAGCUGUGGUUUGACAGAUGAAGGUUGUUCUGCUGUGACUUCAGCUCUGAAAUCAAACCCAUCACACCUGAGAGAACUGAACCUGAGCGAUAAUAAACUUGGAGACUCUGGAGUGAAAAACCUCAGUGAUCUACUGAUGAACCCACAAAGCAAGCUGGAGAAACUAGAUCUGUGUGGAUGCUGGUUUACAGAGAAACAGAGUCUGAUCCUGACUUCAGCUCUGAAAUCAAACCCAUCACACCUGAGAGAACUGAAGCUGAGCAGGAAUAAUCUCGGAGACUCUGGAGUUAAAAGCCUCAGUGAUCUACUGAUGAACACACAGUGCAAGCUGGAGAAACUAGAUCUGUGUGAUUGUAGAAUUACAGAGAAACAGAGUCUGAUCCUGACUUCAGCUCUGAAAUCAAACCCAUCACACCUGAGAGAACUGAACCUGAGCAGGAAUCAAAUAAGAAACACAGGAGUGAAUCACUUAUGUGACAUACUGAAGGAUUCAGACUGUAAACUGGAGAGACUGAGACUAAUAUACUGUAGCAUUACAGAUGUUUCUUCUUUAUCUCAGUAUUUAAGAAACACAAAAGCGCUACAGUUUCUAAAAGAGCUUAAUCUGAGUAAGAAUAAGAUUGGAGACUCGAAGCAGCAGCUCAUUUAUGUGAUACGAGACUCAAACUGUGAACUGAGAGUAGAUAGAGAUCCAUGAUAGAGUUCAGUCGCCAAAAGAUGAUGGAAGUUGUAUAUCAUAGUUUGAGAUGAUGAUGAGAGGAGCAGUGAACAUCCCCAGGUGAAAAAGAAAUAUAUUUAAAUUGAGCUUUUUCAGACACACUUAAUAUAUUUAUAUUAUACUAUACUAAGUGCAUAUUAAAUUUAUUAUUUUGAAACAACUUUAAGUAUAUUAAGUGUAUUUCAAGAUAUGUUUAAGUUCAAUUUGAAUCUAUUUGUAAUAUAUUUAAUAUAUUGAAAUUGUGUUAAAUUGGAGCCACUUUAAGUAUAUUUAGUGCAAUUUAAGUGUAUUUUAAAAAAAUACAUUUUAAAUGUAUUCAUGAACUACAGGUAGAAUAUAUUUUAAGCAUCAUUUUAAUGUGAUUCAAGUACAUUUCAAUUGCAUUUCAGCUCAUUAGAAAUGCAUUAGCAUUACACUACUAGUAUAUUAUAUCUAUUAGUAUUAUAUUUUUCAGUAUAUACACACGUACACUUUGAUAUCUAGAAAACGUUAAUGUAUUAUAUAUUGUGUACAUUACAAAUUCGUAAAGUACAUUUAAAAAAAGUACAGCAGCAUAUAUACUUUGGUGAAAAACAAAAAACACUAUUAAAUGUAUUAAAAAUGUACUUGAAAUACAAGUAUGUUUAUAGUGUAUUUGUAUUACUACAAACAUACAAGUACAUUUUAAAACAUUAUACAAAAAACAUUAUAAUAAAUGAAAAAAAGACUGAAAUGCUAUGGAAGAGCUAUCUUAUCAUUUGUAGAACAUUUAAUUUAUACUUGCAUUACUGAAAAGUAAAGAAUUUUACAUCAAUGAAUAAAUAAAAAUUACAAGGCAAUUUUCUGAAGAAAAAACAAACAAAAAUUAACUGAAAACAAAGUGCAGAAGUGAAUAGAUGUGUGUGCAAAAACUGAAGAUGAUAAAGUUCCAGCAACAGAAUAGGGAGGGAUGGAGGGGGUUUUGGAGGUGGACAAGGAGAUGGUAAGAGGCAAAGGUGCGGGAUGAUGGCGGGAUGUGGCGAAGGGAUGGUGAUGGGAGGAUGACGAUGAUGCCCUGGCGGCUUAGAUGGAGUUUGGCACAUGGCACAGACCCAGAGCAUCCCAGUGCUGACAACAUACGGCGGAAACGAGGGAGGGAGGAGCCAAGAUGUAGAUGGUGUGGCUGCCGACAUCUGGGGGCUGACCGAUGGAGACAGGGCUGGUGGAUCCGAAGGUGCAGAUGGAGGGCCGAUGGAGCUGAAUGUCGUCGCAGGUUCCGUAAGACCUGGGCACAGCCUAGUCGUCCUGGCAUACAAUAUUUUGCACAAGUGCCUUGCAGCUUUAGAAAAAAACAAAACAGAAACAAAAUUAGAUAACAGAUUUUUACAUGAAUGACUGAAAGGAAGCACAAAUUAGCCACCUGGAAUGGACACAUUGCUAACAUUUUUCUUCCAAGAUUGACCAAAUCAAUAUUGAGGUGAUUAAUAUUAAAAUAUACUUACUAUUCCUUUGCUUGUCUCUGCACUCAGAUUUCAGUUGGUCUUCUAUAGCAGCUGAUCUGAAAACAACAAAUGUUAAUAUUUCUCACACGCACAAAAAAAGGCAAAUGAUGAUGGAUGAUUUGUUUUCUAUUUAAAAAUGACAGAACAAUGUACCUGGUCAGAAAUAUAGUCAAAAACCUUUCCAGCCUCAGCAGUUUCAGAUGUACUGUAUGCUCUUAUAAGCAACCCUUCUUACAAUUUAAUCUUUGUUCUUGUCUGUAAUGAGAAAUAUAUAUUAGAAAAUAAAGUCGAUAAGGUUGUCAAGCUUGAACAAAUAUAAACACCAAUCAACCAACCCUACCACAGUUUGCUGAUCAGCUCAAGACAAAGUAAUUGUAUGUUCAUAAUCAUGGUUUUUCAAAGAUCAUAAACCUCAUUACAAUGAAGCCAAAUUGUUCAGGAAAUCAGAAAUAAAUACACUUCAUGUUGCACAUAAAAGAAUGUUAAUGUUGUACGUUACAAUGACUAAUUUUAUUUUAUUUUAUUUGUUCUGCCAAUGCAUGUGUCAUGAAAACACGACUGGUAUAGGCAAAUAGUGUUAAUUAAAUACAAAUCUUACCUGAAGUCAUAGUGAGGUUCCAAAAGCCAGACGCCAUACACGCUUGCAGAAGCUGGUAAAAAUAAGAACAUACCUCUAUAUUUUCUAAUUAAUUUCAUAGUUCCCCCAAUACAAUUAGAAUUCUGCCAUCACUCACCCUUAAGAUGCUCCAAAACAUCUAAGACUUUCAUUCAUCUUUGAAAGAAAAUCUGAGAUAUUUUAAUGAAAUAUGAGAGAUUUAUGUCCCUCCGAUGAAAAGAUUCAAAGAUGUUCACUUUUCAAAAAAGUUCAUUGCAAAAAAACAAACAUCGCCGAAGUAAUCCAUAUGAAUUGCGUGGUUUCCUCCAAGUGCCCUAAAGAGACACGAUCGCUCUAUAUAAUACUGUUUAAAUUUAGACGUAGAUUCACAUUCAAGGGACAUUUGCACGCACAUCAUAUCUGAUUUACGAAGCUCUCUGCUGCGAGCUCAUUAUAAAACCAACCAAUCAGAGCCGUUCAAUGGCUCUGGAACCAAUCAGGUUUAGUCUGUGUUCUUUGAAUUUAAACAAAUAAACGUGUGUGUUUUUUAAAAUUAUUAUGAUGUUGAAAUCCUUGUGGGAAUUUCAGAAAUAUAUAUUAGAAAAUAAAGGCGUCAAGCUUGAACAAAUUUAUAAACACCUAGCUUAUUACAAUUAAUGUAUUAACUGUAAUGAACAACAGCCUAAUCAACCAACGUAGCAUAACCCAUAUUAAACAACAUAUUUUAAAUAUUGCAAUGGUUAAUAAUAUUUGACCAAAGGUUGUACAUUGUAAAUGUUAAAAAUGUUUUUCAAAAUAUCGUACUUUUCCAAAUAUUAAAAUUAUAAAUACAUAAAUAUUUAAAAUAUAAUCGUGUGUAGGCCUACUGCAAUAUAAAGUACAUUAAAAACCUACUAAAAGUGUAAUCAUUUUGUUAUGUUCUUACAUAAAGUACACAUAA